AUGACAGAUACAAAGAAAGACAGUCGUUCGGCUUACACUAACGAAUUCGAGAUAAAACUUCCAUAUUUGACACAACUCUUGGACGUCUGUCAAGAGAUAAAAGAAGAAACACGGAUUAGGAUGAAGGAGGCGAUGGGAUCGGAGAAGCUCAGCUUUGAUGAUCAAAAAGCAAGGACUUUUCAUAACAAAUUUCGUACUGCUAUUUGUAAAUUGCGAGCGUUGAAUCGAGAAGCCUGCAUAGAGCGGCAUACUGAUAAAACAGCAAUUCAAGAGGCAAAGCAGGCAAUGGAUAAGAUUCACUUGCAACUGCAAUCACAUCGGCAUGAACAGAGUCAUUUGCGUAAGAGGAUUCGAGAAUGCAGAAAUUUUAUGACUCUCUACGAAGAUCUUGAAGUAGUACAGGAGGGAGAUUUACCGGAAAAAGUUGUAGAGAAUAUUAAGCUCAAGGCAUCCGAUGAAGCUGGAUUGCGACAUCAAAAGAUGCUAUCGCGAUUGAAUUUCGAAAAGCAAGAGCGUUUGAGGUUAGAAGAAGAGCGAAAUAAUAAACUUAAGCGAAAGCAAGAGUUAAUCGAGAAACUAGAAGCAAAAAAGACUCGAAUGCAGCAAGCUGAUAAAGAGAUUAAAAGGAGAUUUAGGGACAUUAAGAGCCUCAAGAAAUUAACGGAGGCUCAGUAA